GCAUUAUCGCUAUCGAUAAUUUAUCGCAGCUACAUGGUCUAUUUUGGAUUUCCUGCAAUUUCAAGGCACUUUUGUAAUUUCGCCAAAAUGUCGAAGAGUGCGCUGGUUAUCCUGGCUCCUGGGGCCGAGGAAAUGGAGUUCGUCAUAGCCGCCGACGUCCUGCGGCGCGCAGGGAUCAAGGUCACCGUCGCCGGCCUGAACGACGCGGAGGCGGUGAAGUGCUCGCGGGACGUGCAGAUCCUGCCCGACACCUCGCUGGCCAAGGUGUCCGCCGACAAGUUCGACGUGGUGGUCCUGCCCGGGGGCCUGGGCGGCUCCAACGCCAUGGCAGAGUCCGCGCUGGUCGGGGAUCUGCUCAGGAACCAGGAGUCCAGCGGAGGCCUCAUCGCCGCCAUCUGCGCCGCCCCCACCGUGCUGGCCAAGCACGGCGUCGCCGCGGGCAAGUCCCUCACCUCGUACCCCUCGAUGAAGCCCCAGCUGGUCGACAAGUACAGCUACGUGGACGACAAGAAUGUGGUCAAGGACGGAAACCUCAUCACCAGUCGAGGUCCUGGCACCGCCUACGAAUUUGCGCUCAAAAUUGCCGAGGAACUGGCGGGCAAGGAAAAGGUCCAGGAGGUCGCAAAGGGUCUUCUCGUGGCCUACUAAAGUCUCUCAGAUAAUAUUUAUUAAAGAGCUGUCUCAUAAAUUGUUCUAAACAAUUAAUGUAACCCAGAACUGAAUUAAAAUGCUAAAGAAUA